CUCCUACCCCAAAGUGAGGCGUCUCCCCCAGGCAGGUGAGUUAAUGAGUUGCAGGUUGGCCAGGAGGCCCCUUUGCCUGGUGGGAGCUGGAAGGCGGAGGGCGGGGUGGGCUGGAAGACUGGAAAGCCCUUUUCUGCUUUUCUCUGUACCAGCUCACCUGCGAGAGGCCCCAGCAGGGGCAGUGACUUGCUCAAGGUCACCAGCACCUUGGAGGGUGAGUCAGAGCCAUGGAGCCAGUCUCCUGUCAGGCAAGCCACCCGACCCUUCUGAGCUGCAGUGACCUCGCUGUGAACUGGGGACCCUUGUGCUCCCUGGCAGGGCAUGGGGUGGAGAAGCCCUGUGAGGCCGCGUCUGCCAUUCCACAGCCCCCAGUAGGCACCAGUUUGCUUCCUGGUUUCUCUCCUCCUGGGCCCAUCUUCACCACUCCUGUUGGCGUCUUCACCACUCAGAGGCCACAUCUGGUGCCUGCCACCAGGCCUGGGAUGUCAGGGACCCUCAGAGCUUAGGCCUGUCCCCCACGUUCCCUCAGUUUGCCCUUCGGGUUGGCGGGUGACCCUGACCCCUACAGCUCUCCACCCCAAAUCAGUCAGAAAUUUCCCAGCUGUAAAUUUCCACACCACCCGCCUCCCCCUCAGCAACUAACUACUUCCAAAAAUUGUUCUCUGUAGCCUUGUCCCCCUAAGUUUCUGCCAGAGCAUGGCAGUCGCCCCUCACUACUGCCAUCUCUUCUUGCUUCUUCUGACCUGAUCUCAAAACCAGAGGACCGUUGUAAAAUCAAAGUCUGAUCUGUCAGUCCACUGCACACCCCGUUUAGAGGCGCUCUGUUGACUCCUGAGAAAGAUGUUGGAGACCUUCGCAUGACCCCAGGAGGUCCCAGCCUGUGCUUCCUCUCUAGCACCCCUCUCCCCUGGAACUGACGCCCAUCCCUCCAUUCCCAAAUACGAAUCCAGAGCCUACCCUGUCCCAGCCCCCGAGGAUACUACAGUGAACAAAGUCCCCAUCUGGGCACUCGAGUUCUAGGUGAGGGGAGACAGACAAGAGAAGUAAGUGAUGUAUAUAGUAUGAAUGAUGGCAAUGAGUUCUAUAGAGAACAGGGCAGCUGGGGAGGACAGGGAGCACCUGGAGGAGCUGGUGCUAUCACCCCAGGAAAGACCUCACCGGAAAGCUGACAUUUGGAUAAAGACUUGAAGCAGGUGAGGGAGGGAGCCGUUACAGAUCUGGAGGAAGAGCAUUGCAGGCAGCAGAAAUAGCAAGCGCCGUUUACCCUUCCUAGGGUGCCUGUGCCUUCCGUGGAGAGCACGGAGCCAGAGUGGCUGGAGGGAGGGAGAGGGGAGGCAUGGCAGAAGAUGGGCUGGGCGACAUGGGCCAAUUUUCUAAGUUCUUCUAGGCCAUCUGAGGUCUUUGGCUUUACACUGGUAAGACAGAAAGUCAUUCCAGGGUUCUGAGCAGGAGUGACAAGGUCUGACCUGGCAUUCUGAUUGGAACGAGAUUUCAGGGGGCAUGGGUAAGAGCAGAGAGCACUUAGGGGGACAGAGAUGCGGGGGCUCAGACCAGGAGAUGAGCAGUAGUGGGGGGAGAGAAGUGAUUGGAUUCUUAUAAGGUGGAGGUAGAGCCAACAGGAUGUAGGUGUGAGAGGGGAGGGGAGGCUGUAGCCAGGAUAUGUAGGCACUGGCCCGGAGAACAGGAGAAGGAUGGAGUUGGCCUGGGAGGAGUAGGUCUGGGGAGGGAGGCGAGGAACCUGCAGUGUAGGGCAAGUGUGUGCAUAGCAUUUAGAGUUGUAUCUCCAGCCCUGGUCAGCGCUUACUUGCCCUGGGCUUUUGCACAUGCCGCUCUCUGUCUGAACUGCUUUUAUUGCCCUGACAGAACUGCAGCGGACUCCUCAAGGAUCCCUUGUGUGACUCUCCCCCUUCAUUCCUCACCCCAACCUCCAGUCUCUCUCCCUCCCCCCCCUCCUUGGUGCACAUGGUGGACCUCAAGCGUAUCUCAGAGCCCUUACCAUAUUUUAUCCCAGAAGGAAGGACGAGUGCCAUCACUCGCUGAAACCCCGCGUGUGUCAGAGUGCCUCAUACCUGAGUGUCCUGCACAGAGCAGGUGCUCAGCAAGAGACUGAGGGGGCUGGUUUGAAUCCUGGCUCUACUAUUGACAGGUUCUGAGACCUUGAGACGCUCACCUUUCCUCCAUGAACCUCAGCAUCCGCAUCUGUCAAUGGGUGUGAUCUCUCCCCUCCCUGCUUCUGAGGAUAUUGUGCGGAUCUUAAAUUCGGACAGAAAGGAAACAGUGGUGAGCGCGCCCCCUGCUGGAAGAGGACAGACUCCUCAACCUCUCCUCCCCCACGUUGCAGAGGAGGGCGGCGAAGGUCAGAGGCCACAGGGAGGGGAAUGGGAACCAGGGGUAGGUAACCCAACGCUGUCACAGCACCAUGCACACCUGUUUGUCCCCAUGUGCCUCUCACAUCGGCUCUGUGGAAGAGGUUAGAUUAGACCAUUUAGCCGAGCGCCUACUUGGCCCAGAGCUUCUUACUCCUCACAUUUAAAUUUUUUUAAAAGAGGAGAUAAGAAGGAGAAAGGAGGCGGGGUCGUAGAGAGGAAAGGAAAGGUGGGGAGAGGAGGAGAGUGCUCUGGUGACGGGGAGGCCUCUCGGGAAUGGUUAAGGACCAGAUCCAUCUAUAUUGGGGCUGGGGGUGUGGGUCCCGGUCUCUGCUCAGCCACAAACUCAGUUUGGGGAGAUCUUGGCCAGUCCCUUCUCCUCCCCGGCCUCAGUUUCCUCGCCUGUGAAACGGGCAUAAUAACUCCUCUCCUGCUUCCCUCUCCAGGGCGGGUGGAAGGACAGGGGCAUGAGCCAAAGGGUGUGAAAGCGCCUUGCCGGGAGCAUGCUACACCGCCACAAGGGGGCGCGAGAGGCUCCUGCUGGACCGGGACCACAGAGAUGCGUUCCCAUGGCCCCUGAAGCCAGGGCCAGAGAGCACAGGCUGGGCCCCUCUGGACCUGGGGUGCUCACUGCUUCCCUUCUCCGGUCCUCUCUGUGAGAUCAUGAUAACAGUGUUUCUUAGGUGGGUCCUGCCCUACUGAUAAGCACACAUUUUCUCCUCCAUUAGGUCCUGCACAAUAACAAUACCACCCUCAGUCCUCACUCAGGUGACAAAACUAAAGCCAAGCCAGGCCAGUGUGGCUCAGUGGCUGAGCACUGGCCCAUGAACCAGGAGGUCACUGGUUCGAUUCCAGUCAGGACACAUGCCUGGGUUGCAGACUCAAUCCCCAGUAUGGGGCAUGCAGGAGACAGCCGAUCAAUGAUGUUUCUAUCUCUCUAUUCCUCUCCCUUCCUCUCUCUCUAAAAAUCAAUAAAAACAGAUAUUUAAAAAGCUAAAGCCAAGAGUGGAGCCACCAUCUCGGGCAAUCAGACCUGGACAUGACCUGGUGGAUCCCAGCCCUUCUCGGAGACCCUCAGCAACCUUUCCCUGGAGGCUCUCCGGAGCUCUGCGACAGGGGCCUCCUCUGCAAACUGCAGGGCGCACACCCGCUGGGAUCUCAGAGCGGAUGAAGGAGAAACCGCUGCUGGGAAAGAGGGGCACAUGACCUUGAAGAGUCCAGAAUGCCUCUGGAUUCUAAAAUGCCAGCCUGUGGGACCCUGGAACCUCCCAGCGGCAUUCUGAUGUGUUCGGGCUGCGCACUGGACCCGCCUUCCCUGGACUGGACGGUGUGGGCCGCCUGUCCACCCAGCUCAGCCCCACGCAGGCAAAUGAGGUGAUGUCAAAGCCCUGGCCGGGGCCCAGCUCCUGGAACCACCCCUCUCCCUCCCGGCUUCUCCCUCACUCGGAGCCACACACACACUCCUGCUGGGCCCAGAGGGAAGGUGAAGGAGUGAAGGUGGUGGUGGUGCCGGGCCCAUUGAAGCGUAGCUGUCGCCUGGAGAACUGUGGCCCGGGAGCUGCGGCGGAGCCUGAGGGACCUGUCCCCUCUGCAGCCCCAAGUCCGGGUUUGCAGCGAUCCCGGAGCCUCGUCCCUCCGGGUGUGAGGAGCGUGGGGUCCACGCAGGACCGCGGGCGCUCCUCGGCGGGCAGCGAACAGACCGAGGCCCGGCAGGGCGGCCAUGGCAGACGAGAAGACCUUCCGCAUCGGCUUCAUUGUGCUGGGCCUCUUCCUGCUGGCCCUGGGCACGUUCCUCAUGAGCCACGACCGGCCCCAGGUCUACGGCACCUUCUACGCCAUGGGCAGCGUCAUGGUGAUCGGGGGCGUCAUCUGGAGCAUGUGCCAGUGCUACCCCAAGAUCGCCUUUGUCCCUGCUGACUCUGAAUUCCAAGGUGUCCUGUCCCCAAAGCCGCUGGGCUUGCUGGAGAACGGACUCACUGCCGAGAUGAAGAGCCCCCAGCCCCCCUACGUCAGGCUGUGGGAGGAAGCCGCCUAUGACCAGAGCCUGCCCGACUUCAGCCACUUCCGGAUGAAGGUCCUGGGCUACAGCGAGGAUCCCCGCCCCCUGCUGGCCCCUGAGCUGGGGCGGCAGCAGCUGGAAGCUGGUGACAGAGGGGAAGGUGGCCCCCGCGAUGCUCAGGCCUGGAUGGAGGCCUCUGUGGUCGUCCACAGGGGCUCGGAUGAGGACGAGGGAGAAAGAAACCCAGCUCAGAGCAGUCCCCGCGUCCCAGUCUCUCCCCAGGGUCCUGCACCUUUGGCUUCCUUCCAAGAUGAAAUGGAUGUGGGCUCCAGUGAGGGGGGCAGCCCCAAGCCGUCUCCGCCUGAGGGGGAGGAGCCUGGCCCCCCGCCAGGGGAGCCCUGGGCCUGCAGGCGCCAGCUGGACCGCUUCCAUGACUUCGCUCUGAUCGAUGCCCCCACGUCGGAGGACACACCUCCAGCGGGACAGUGGCGGGACGCAGCCCUCCCCAGCUGCUGGCAGCGGUCCCCGAGGACGAAGGGGGAGGACGAGGCUUCCGACUCAGGUGCCGAGGAGCCGGAGCAGGAGGAGGAGGACUUGUACUAUGGGCUGCCGGACAGCCCUGGGGACCCCCUCCCGGACAAGGAACUGGGCUUUGAGCCCGAUGCCCAGGGCUUAGAUGGAACUGCCCCUGGGCGCUAGCCUGGCACAGCCACUAGCCCUGUGUGACUUCACAGGGCCUCAAUUUCCCUCUCUGCAAAAGGGGGUUGUCCGGAGGUUCAGAUGAGACAGUGGGUCCUGCAGCACCUGGAGGACGGUAACGGAGCACGCAGGGAAGGGGCGAUGGUUUUCGAUGGAUCACGGCCACUCGGUUGUUAUUUUGGGGGGUUAGGGCUUUGAAGGUGAACGUGACUCACUUAGAUGAUCCGGGGCAGCUGGGGCCUCGGAGACUUCUCUGCCCCGAGAGCUGCCUCUGAACAGGCGCCCCCUUGGGGCUAUGCUGGCUCUCCGACCCCCGUGAGGCCUCUCAGGGUGCCCGUUCCUGCUGAGUCUUUAGUCUGCCCGGUAUGCUGCGUGACCCGCCUUCACCCAGGGCUAACCGCCUGUCCCCCACGUCCCUCCUGUGGCUCCUGUUACAUGGGAUCCAAAACCUUCCAUGGCUGACCUCUGCUGACCUCCCAACUUACUCCCCCACCAGCCCAUGCCACACCCUCUGCUCCUCAACCCCAAGGCCGUGUCCUACCACACACACACACACACACACACACACGUGCACAUACACUCACACACACACGUGCACAUACACUCACACACACACACGCACACACACGUGCACACAUGUGCGCUGCUACCCACACCCUUCUCUGCCACCUCUCUGCCAGGAAGCCCUUUGAUCCCUCGUCUGCCUAGCAAACUUGUGCUCAUCCUUCAAACCCUCGCACAGAUAUCCCUCCUCUGAAAGACUUUCCUGCUGUCACCGCCUCCAGGGACAACGUAGUCCUGGCUCCUUUGCGCUGCCUUCAGGUCUUGUACGCUCAUCACUGGACCAUGGCUGCUCGAGGCCAGUGCCCUUGCUUGACUCACAUGGUACCUCCUGUGCCGAGUCAGUGCUCCCUGAGGGGUAGGAACUGACCAGAGCCCAGGAAGCUUUGCAGAGAACGUCCUCUCCCCGACUUCCCUAACUCUUAGACUCCCGCCCCUUUACUCUCUGGCAUUCAAACUUCCAAAUGGCCUGCAUAGGAGUCACAGAGCCAGGCAAAAAGCCCCCUGAGUAACCUGAGCCCUGCAGAAUACAUAUGCAACGGUUUAGGACUGUGGGUUGGAAUGAAACUUCCUGGCUUAAUUCAAUUUGAUUCAGGUGGCAUUUACUGAGCAUCUACUAUGUGCCAGACACCAAGCCAGGAUCUUUAGGGAGAAAGAGACAUAAACUGAUAGCAGUUCUUGCCCUCAAAGGACUCAUAAUCUAGUGAGCUUGGUUCUUAUAAGUUAGGGACAGAGUGCAGAGCAGGGGCCGUGGUGGGAGCAGAGAAAUUAAAACAUUGGCACAGCAGAGUGACCUGGGGCCAGCGAGUGUGCGGCAAGUAGCUCAGCCUGCUUCAGCGGCCCCUGAAGAUGCCACUGUUUUAUAGCAGCAGCAUGGCGGCAGGCAGAGCAAUGCUAUUAGCAUGCUGAGCUCGGCCAUGUCCCCUAGUGUCCCCGCACAGGGACCCUGAGAUGCUUCAGAGGAAGGGGCAGUGGCACUACCUCAAACCAGGCCCACGGUCUUAGAGCUUGCACUCGGGCCUCCUGGGCCGGGGAGGCCUCCUCCUGGGCUGGGCCUCUGCGUCAGGGUUGGGGGACCCACAGUGGGAAAGGGAUGCCCUCUGUGCUGGGUCAGAAGGGCACAGCCCCUUCUACCUCCCCACCCCCCCCGGCUUCUUUCUGGAUCAUUGUACCUCCAGUAUAAAAGCCUGGGCAGUGAAAGGCAUAUUGGGCACAUCCCUGUGCCAUAGCAGGUGUUGCCAGCCAUGACUUGGGCCGGCUGGGCGAGGUGGAGUGUGUUUCUGUGCUCUGUUUACUAUGGUGGGGAGGGUGACCUGCACCAGCACGGAUGGCUAAAAUAAAACUGUUUGCAAC